GACUUGUUCUCUGCUCCAGCCGGGGUUUGUUCCGUCGUGUGUAUUGUCGGUGUGUCCGCGCGCGCAAGGAUGGGUGACGCAAUCAACUUUGGGCCCGCCUGGUUACGCAAGGUAUCGUCCGAUAGUAACACCACUAGUAACCAUCACAGUACGAACAGUAGCAGCAGCAGCAGCAGUCACCACAGCAGCAGCAACCAUACGAUGCUGAACAGCAAUAGUGGUGGCGUCGGCGGCAACACCAUCGCCAACAAUGCUGGCGGUGGUGGUGGAGUCGGAUUGCAUCAUCAGCAGCAUCAUCAUCAUCAUUCGCCGUCGUCGUCGCACUCUUCUGCGUAUCAAUCGCUGCAUAGUCUGUCGCAGAGUGGCACUGGUAGCGUCGGUGCCGGCAACGGUGGAGCUGGUGGCGGUGGCAACAUGGUUGCCAACAAUGGUGGGACCGGGCCGGGAACUGCUACCAGCACCAUCACCACCACUUCUACCGCGAUCCGGUAUCCGUUGGCCGAGUUUCGGUAUGGGCGCGAGGAAAUGCUGGCCCUGUUCGACGGGCGAACGGUUAAAGCGCCGGAAAUAUUGGUGCAAUACAAGCGCUUGUUUGUGGAAAAACCGCAACCACCGCUUGCGCUGACGCCCUGUCCCGAGGAAGAACUGAUCGUCGAACCGGAAUCACGGCGUCCGUGGCCCUCGAGAAGUGUUUCGCUUGGUAUUCCUGGUCGUGGCGCACGCGGUGGAUCGGUCGAUCGUGGCCGUGGUCGUGGCCGGGGACUUUACACCAGCUAUCAACGAUCGUCCUCUUUCUACGAAGAUGAAUCCAGAGGCGUAGGAAGAGGUGAACGAUCGUGGCUGGAGCGUAAUGGAACCGGUGGCAUUGGAGGCGAUAUUGAGUGGAACAACUCAUCGUCCAGCCCCCGUAAGGAGUAUGGUUCGCGAGGGAUCCGAACUAGCGGCGGCACCAUGGAAAGUUGGCGCCGUUCCCGCACGGACGAUGAAAACGUCGGCGGCGGAACACUCAGUAACGGUGGUGUCGGCGAUUGGCGAUCUGGUGGUGGCGCACCGGGCAGUAUUACGGGUCUUGUGCGCGAGAAGUGGACCAGAUCUACAAGUUGGCGCGACGAAGACAGCUCCACUCAUCAUGGGCUCGAGCGUGGACUGAGUAGUGGCGACCGAAUGAUUCCACCCUACAAAUCUCGCCUCUCGGCUGGCAGUGGUAUCGGUAGCGGUGGAGUUGGCGGUAUUGGAGAUAUGAAUUCUGGCGGCCACUCGAUGGGCGGUCCGGGUGGUAUGCGUCGCCCGAACUGGGACACCGACGAACUGCCCGAAUGGGCAACGGAGAAUCCGUCCGACUUUGGGGGCAGCUUCGAUGCGACCGGCGCAUUUCAUGAUUCCGAUAAUGAUGGUGAAAAUGGUGGAAAUACUAACGUCUCGAACCGAUAUGGCGGUGACGCUAAUAAUGACACAAACGAUAGCACUAAGACAAAUAAUCAUGUGAAAGAUGAUGAUCGAUCGAAAGACAUGCGACGCCGGGCAGAGGAUGGGGAAGGAAUCGAGACACGUCGAGGCGGUAGUGCGGAGGAUACUACAUUGAGCAGAAAUAGAAGUGAGGGGGCUAGGGCGGCCAAGGGCAGAGGAGGAGAGGCGACGGGAAAAGUUGUGAAUCAUGUUGGAGGCGGCGGUAGCAGAACCGGGGAAGAGUCCUCGGCUGAAAGAAACGAAGCGAACGAUCACGAUGACGACGAGAAUACACCGUCAACGUCCGGUGCCAUUGAUUCGUCGAAACAGAAGCAACAACGAAUCAAACGACAAGCGGUGGGUAAAGACGAAGGAAACCAGGUGUCAGGUGGUUCUUCGCCCCCCGAAACGACGGUCGCUCUGAGUGAUGAAAGCGCGGCAAAUGUUCAAACGAAUUCUACUAAAGGAAUUUCAUCGUCGCGGGAAUCCAUCGAAUCUUCCAUUUCAUCUACCAUCAGCGGAACGGCAUCGGCUAAUGCUGCUGGUGCGACUGUUCCUGAAGGUGGUGAUGCUCGACAAAAUUCUCCAUCGUGGCAGAAGGGCACCGAAGUGGCAGUCUCCUCCCAAAAAAACACACCGGACCACCGGGUGACAUCAGCAUCGGAUGAACGACGCGAGCCCGGCAAUGAUAUUGACCACAACGAUGGUGCGAAACAUCAGCCAGUCCAGCAGCAGCAGCAGCAGCAGCAUGAGAAAAGAAACGAACCGAAAAAAUCGCCCUCCAGCACUAGUGUCGAUCGAAUGCAGGAAGUGGCUGACGAUAUGGUUGCACAGCUUAUUAUGGACGAUGAAUUUCUCGCGACGGAUGGCGAUCCAUCGGUUAUAUCCUCCAUUGCUGCCAGCAGCACCGAUGGGCUAGUGGGCAAAUCUCCGGUCUUUGGCAUCUCUGCGACCGGUGGUGGUGCGUCAGGCACAGCAGCAACAACGAUGUCCUCCUCCUCCGGUGGACUGCCGAUGAGCAUAAACAUUCUGCCGAAAGCCCUACAACCGAUGCAACAACUGUUCGGGAACGGCAAUAUGUCGCGCGUCAAUCCGUUGCUACUGUCCGACCCGGUAGCGGCUAAUCGGGCCGCGAUGGCAGCAGCAGCUGCUGCGGGCGUAAAUCCGAUGGUACAGUUGCACCACCUAAUGGGACCACCGGGACCACCGCGCGGAUCAGACAUCUGGUACUAUUGUGACCCGCAGGGCAAAGUGCAGGGACCGUUCCAGGCGGCGGAAAUGACCGAAUGGUACCGUGCCGGGUACUUUGACGAGUCGCUGUCGGUACGGCGCGAAUGCGACGAAGUUUACAACACACUCGGCACGCUGGUAGCGCUAUGCGGUGGGAUGCCGUUCCUAAACUCGGCCGUCAUUCAACCUUUCAAAGCGCCCGCUGGCGGGAAUGGGGCGAAACAUUCGCCACAGCAGCCCAACACACCGGUGUCUCAGGGUGGCCAGCAGAAACAGCAGGUUGCCCCCGGCACUAAUGGAAACACCGUAAUGCCUUCACCGAAUCAGCAACAAACGGCGGCGGGUCAGCAACAAGGACCUGGUCAGCAACAACAGCAACAAGCAGCUGGAGCCAACGGUCCCGGCGGGCCAAACGUUGUGCCGAGCAUUCAUUUGUUGCGCCAGCAAAGUAUGGUACUACAGAAGCUGCAAAGCUCCGACGGCUGGAACUUACUAUCGCCCGAGCAGCAAAACAUGAUCAUCACGCAGCACAUGAAUCAAUUGCUUAAUGCAGAUGCAGCGGCACGCAUCGGGAUGAUAUCGCCCUCGGCAUCUCUACCGGGUGGAAGUGGUGGUAAUAAUGUUGGAACGAAUCAACAUCAUCAGCAACAGCAGGGCGGUGCUGGCAUUUUUAAUGCUGGUGGAGGAGGGGGUCCCGGUGGCAUGCCGUCAGGGCCAGAUGCGUUGGUAAACUUGAAGCUGCGGGAAAUGCAGCAACAGCAAGGACAACCACCGCAACAACAACCGCCACCGGCACACGUUAUGAUGGAGCAGCUGCAAAAAUCGGUACCGGGCAAUAAUCAGCACAGUAGUGCAUUCUUGAAGUUGCACUUACCGGAAUUUAAUCAGGCUUCACAGGCAGCAGCAGGGGUGCGACCAAUGCUAGGUAACAUGAACGUUGAUUCGACAACCGCUGCAGCUGUGGCAGCAGCAGCUGCUGCUGCUGCUGCCGCUUCUGGUCACGAUCCGCUAGGCCAGCUGAUGCACGGCAUCGGGUUUAAUCAUCAAGCGUCGGGACAAAACAUUGGUCCUCUUGGACCAAACAAUCUUCUGCUGAACCGUGGUGGUUUGUUGGGAUCUGGAGUCGGUGGAGGGCCAGGCCAGCAACCACAACCACCACUACUGCAACAACCGCACCCGGCAGCUGGUAAAGCGGGCGCCGAAGAUCCUAUACAGUCGCUGUUUAUGCAAUUGUCAUUGCACAAGAAUCAACAGGCGUCGCAACAGCAGAUGCCUAAUCAUCAACCACCGUCAAAAGCGGCCAGUGAACUGAUGGGUGGUGGUGCACCGGCCACCGGGUGGCUGCAAACGGGACAACCGCAGGGUGCGAACGCUGGUAGUACUGGUGGUGGACUGGCUGGACUGGUGCCUAGGGGUGGACCUAUGGUGGGGGCGACGUCUGGUUGGGGCGAUUUACCACCACCCACGAGUGCCUCGUUUGCAUCCAUAAUGCAGCAACAACAGCAGCAGCAACCUCAUCUGGCACUUGCCGGCCAUCAUCCGCUGCUGUUGGGCGGAAGCGGUCCAUCCAAUGAACCGCAGGCACCAUCGGUCGUUUCACUCUUCAAGCAUCAUCAGCAGGCGGAAAAGCAACAGCAAAUCGAAAAAGAGCAGCAGCAACAGCAACAUUUACAACAACAACAACAACAACAGUUGCAACAAAUGCAUCAAGAAAAUGUGCUUGCGCAGCAACAGAAACAGCAUCAAUUGCAGCAGCAAUCCCAACAACAUGUACAAGAAAAUGUGCAACAACAUAUGCAGCAAAUACAACAACAACAACAGCAUCAACUGCAACACCUGCAGCAACAGCAGGAUCAGCAACAACAACAGUUACAGCUGCAACAACCACAACAGCAGCAGCAGUUGCAUCAUCAACAACAGCAGCAACAGCUACAAAUUCAACAACAACAGCAAGCGCAACAGCAGCAGCAACAACAACAGCAUAAUCAGCAAAAGCAAGUAAAAGAGAAUCAAAAAAAGGAGAGCAGCACUGCCAUAGAAUUGUCGCAGCAGCAGUCCGGCAAUACUAAAAAACAAACCAAUAAGCAACCACAGCAGCAGCAAGUUAAUAAUCAUGCCGACGUUACGGAGGACAAAACUGGCACGAAUCAACAACAGCAGCAGCAAGGUCAAAAAUCAAAAAAGCAGCAAAAGAACAAUCAUGUUGGGGCGAGCAGUAACGGUCAGGCGACGAUCGCCAGCGAGGAAGAAAGUGAGUUUAUUAUCGUAAAGAUGGAGGAAAAGAAGCGUCAGAAAGAGCUGAAAAAGCAGCAACAGGAAGAGCAAAAGCGCAAGUUGGCCGAGGAGAAAAAGCUGCUCGAAGAGCUCGAGGCUCAAAAGCGUGCAAAGUUGCUAGAAUCGCAGCGCCGUGAAGCGAUGAAAAUUCAGGAACAGCAGCAGCAGCAACAACAGCAACGCUCCGUUCCGAAAGCUGUACCGGCUCCGUGGUCCGGUGCGAUGGCUGAGAUUGCCAACAGUAAGCUAAGCCUGACGGAGAUCCAGAAAACGGAACGUGCGCUGCUGGCACGGCGUGAGCACAGCUUGCGGGAGCAACAGGAGCAGCAACAGUUGCUCGAGAUUCAGCUGCUGGAUGGUAGGCUAAAGUGGAACGCUCAGAACCUGUUGCCGGCGAAGGUGAAACCGUUGGCCGAGAUACAGGCGGAAGAAGCUGCGGCUGCCGAACGUGCUCGGGAAAAGAAUGCGAACGCGUCCGGUUUGACGGUGGCUGCGAUAGCGGCUCAGGGCAGCAUCAAGAGUGCCAAGAAGGAGGACAGUUUGGCUAGCCUGCUGGGUGGUGGUGGUUCUGGUGGUGCUUCCGCAACCGGUUCAGCUGUGUGGCAGGUACGCGGGGGCGGCGGCAGCAGCAGCAACAACAUGCUGUACUUCAACUCAACUAAAGCCUGGGACGGUGUGGGCGACUCGAGCAACAUCCUCGGCGGAGGAAAUUCUGGACUGAGCAAUAACGUUAGCUCGGGAGGUUUCUGGGAAGAACCAACACAGUCCAGUGUUGUGACUGCUGCUUCAAUUGUCGCUGCCGCUGGUAAAGCUGGCACCGGAAACAACCCUCGAAAGUCAUCCAAUGUGACUUCAGCGGCUGCUGGUGGUGGUAAACAGCAGCAGCAGCAGCAGCAGCAGCAGCAACAGCAGCUUCUGAGCAAGAGUAAAACAAUGGGCAGCAUUUCCACGAGCUCAUCUUCGACUGUGACCGCUGCCAAGCAGCAGAAGCAGCAACAGCAAGGCGCUAACAAGGGAAGUGGUACAUCUGCCGGUGGUAAGUCGUCGGCCGGUGGUAAGAAUGGCAAUGCGGCUGGAAACAAUGAUCGCAAGGACGAUCGGAAGCAUCUGAACGAGCAGCAGCAGCAGCCGACCAAUGAAUUUACUGACUGGUGUACUCGCGCCCUGAGCUCAUUAAACAGCAACGUCGACAUUCCAACAUUUGUCGUAUUUCUACAGGACAUCGAAUCACCGUUCGAGGUGAAGGAGUACGUCCGCGCAUACAUAGGAGAAAAUAAAGAGUGUUCGGAAUUUGCGAAGCAGUACCUUGAAAGACGCUCGAAGUACAAAAAUCAGCAGCGCCAAAAGAAUGCCCACAUCGACGAUAUGUGCAAACCGGCACCGGCUAUAAACCCGUCGUCUAAUGAUUUCCAAGAAACCAAGGGUAAAAAUAAGAAGGUUAAGAAAAACAAGAUGAUGAAACUCGAUAGCCGAAUUUUGGGCUUCUCCGUUACGGCUGCGCCGGAUCGACUGAACGUUGGCGAACGAGACUAUGGCGAUAAUGUUUAAAUG